UUACCCUAGCUCUCUAGUUACUCUAGUAGAUAUAUAGAUCUAGAGUCUAGUAGUAGAUUUAGAAUCAAGAUCUAUAGCCAGAAAAGUAGACUCUACUUUAGUCUUGUCUUGAUGCUAUAGUAUUGGCAAUAGUCUAUUGGUGUACAUUAAUUCUAUAUCUAGCCUAUUAUCACAUCUCACAUAUGCAUAAGGAUUAAUGAAUAGAAAAUAGAAUGUCUUAUCAAAGUUAUAAAUUUUAUAUUAAUAAUUAUAUCAACUGCACUAUCAUAUCAGACGAAGUAAUUCAGUGCAAUGGAACCACUUAUGAUUUACAUGAGAAAGUUCUAACAUACACUGACGAAUGGUUCUGGAUAUAUAUUGGAAUAUAUGUUGGUCUAGUCAUAUUUGCUGGUCUGAUGUCUGGGCUGACAAUGGGCCUGUUGUCUCUCGAUUCAACUACCUUGGCUACCAUGAUAAAUGGGGGAACUCCAAAUGAACGCAAGCAUGCCAAGCGUAUUUUUCCAGUGGUGAAGAGACAUCACCUUUUAUUAGUGACGCUACUACUGUCCAACUCAGCUGCUGUUGAAGCCAUGCCUAUAUUCUUAGAUAGAAUCUCCAACCCUAUAAUUGCCAUUGUAAUUUCAGUCACUGCUGUUUUGAUAUUUGGAGAAGUAAUUCCACAAGCAGUUUGCACAAGAUAUGGCUUAGCCAUAGGUUCAUACUUAUCUCCAUUAGUCUAUCUACUGAUGGGCAUUUUUUUCAUUGUUUCCUUCCCACUUUCCCUUCUUCUGGACUGUUGCCUAGGAACUGAGCAUGGCACAUUUUUUAGACGAGCUCAGUUAAAAGCUUUAAUUGAAAUUCAUGGGGAGGACUCACAAGCUGAGGGCUUAGGACAAAGAGAAGAAUCACUGUCACAUGAUGAAGUGGCUAUAAUAAAGGGCUGCCUGGAUAUGAAGAAUAAAACUGCCAAAGACGCCAUGUUGACUAUUGAUAAAGCUUUUAUGAUAAGCACUAAUGCCAAGCUCAAUUAUGAAACACUUUCUCAUAUGGCUCAGCAUUGCCAUUCACGAGUUCCUGUCUAUGAAAAUGAGCGCUCCAAUAUUGUGGCCCUGUUGCUGACCAAGACUCUCAUUAAGCUGAGUCCAGAUGAUGCAUUGCCUGUCAGUGAUCUUGUGGGAGAUGAACGCUACUCUAGACCAGCCUUGUUCAUUGAUUCUGACAUGCCUUUGUUUGAUCUCCUGAACUUGUUUCAGACAGGAAGAAGCCAUCUUGCUAUUGUGAGACAAAAAAGAAGGAAACUUGAACUGGAUGAUGAUGAUGAUGAUAAGCUUUUAGAUCACAGUGACGCCGCCCCAUUGCUUAUUGAUAUUGAGGAAAGCGCUGAUGAUGUACCUGAAGGGACAGUGAUUGGUAUGAUAACACUAGAAGAUGUCAUUGAAGAACUCUUGCAAGAAGAAAUUGAGGAUGAGAAAGACAUAAUGCAAGAGAUAUCCCAAAAACUGCAAUUCUCUUUGGCCAAAAGAAAAAAGAGUUUGCUAAAUAUUCUUCACCGCAGUCGAAGCCAACCACAGCCAAGGACUGGUGCUAGCAUGCUGGAUACUGCGGUGAGCUCUGGCCACCACAACCCUGAGCUUAGGCAUGUGUCUAGCUCUCUUCAAGAACAGUUAGACAGACAGAUGGAAGCUCUGAGGCAAGCUCAUAGUAAAGAACAGGAAGAAGCUCAAAUUACCACCCCUCCCCCUCCUCACAGAUCAGAAAGCAGAGUCAGGUUCUCUUGACUCUUACACCAAAGCCUUCCAGCCUCAACAUGUCUUCAAACUAACCUGCACUUUCUAUUCUAAUGUAGAUUCAAGAUAUUUUUUUUUGGGUCAGCUUUGUCUAAGAAACAUUUAUUUCUAGAGCUUCAACACCAUAGUUUUAGUGUUAUUUUAAAUGUCAACAAUAAUUUUUAUUAUGAAGAAUAAUGUUAGUUUGUCCUAACAUUUAUAGAGGUUGCAAUAAAGUCACAAGAUCUAGUAAUUUUCUUUUUAUAUUCGUUUUUUUUUCCCCAAUUAGUUUACAAUUUCUCUAGAAAUAAAUGUACUCUUAUAAAGUUAGAUUGAUACUAAUUAAUUUUGGGGGUUAUACCGUUUAUUAAAGAUUUUCUUUUCUAAUAAAAUUUAUAAAUGUUUUAAGCAUUUCUUUUCAUUGCUAAUCAGAUAAAAUAUGAUUAUAAAUAUUUAAGUAAUUUCAACAUUUUUUCAGGACUACAAGCAGCUGGCUUAAAAUUUUGUUUUGCCUUUUCGAUAUUUAAACUUCUCAAUUUGCCCUUUUGCUAUUAUGAAGUUGUGCAUUUAUUUAUUACAUUUUUACAAGACAGCCUGAUGUACAUUUCUAUUUACAAGUUGUCAUUUGCCCAAAGGUUUGUUUAAAUUGUUGAUAUUAAUUUUGAGACUGUUUUAAGUCCCAUUGUGAUGUGGGUUUUUUUCCAGUUUUUAACCAAAAUGACUCAAAUUGCAUUAAAAUGUGCAAUAGCUGAAUAUUUGGGAAAAAAAAUAUAUGUACAUGUAAUUUUUCAUUAAUUCAUGUCCUUGCCCAUUUAUUUCAGUCAUAAAUUUGGUCUUCACUUGUGAACAAUUUCUUUGCACUGAAAGACAUAUAAGGGCUAUUUUUUUUUCAUUUACCAGAAAGUCUUUAAUUUUGCAAGAUAACUUUUCAUAAUCAUGACCCAUAUAUUUGUGCAUUAAAAAAAGUGUGUUAAUUGUUUACAUGUUUGGAAUAUAGUGACUUUUAAGUAGUGACUAAUGACUAACAUUAAAAAGGUCAAUGAUGAGUUGUUCUGGACUCUUCAGUUCAAUGCUUAAGAACU